AUGAUUCCGUGCGACCUCAGGGAUGAAGAGUCGGUUAAGAGUGCCUUCGAGAAGACUAUCAAACAGUUUGGAGGUCUCGAUAUACUGGUCAACAACGCCAGUGCCAUCAGUUUGACAGGCACGGAACAGACAUCGAUGAAGAAGUAUGACUUAAUGCACUCAAUCAACACGAGAGGCACUUACAUGGCCUCCAAGUAUGCCAUCCCUCACCUGAAGAAGGCAUCUAAUCCUCAUAUUCUGAAUCUGAGUCCACCGCUGGUGAUGACUGCCAAAUGGUUUGAGAAUCACGUGGCCUACACGAUGGCCAAGUAUGGUAUGUCUAUGUGUGUCCUGGGAAUGGCCUCUGAGUUCAAACCGGAUGGCAUUGCUGUGAACGCUCUUUGGCCGCGAACUGCCAUUUGGACGGCGGCUAUGAGUAUGAUUGGUGCGGGAGAUCCGGGAAUGGCUAACAGUUGUCGAAAGGUCGACAUUUUGGCCGAUUCUGCGUACGGCAUACUCUCCAAGAACUCAAAGUCCUUCUCCGGAAACUUCGUGAUAGACGAGGACUUUCUGCGCAGUGAAGGCAUUCAAGACUUGGAACAGUAUUCUGUGAAACCGGGCAGUGCUCUGAUGCUAGACUUCUUCCUGCCUGAGGAACAGCUGAACAAAGGAGACAAUGUGUUGAAUAUUCCCGUCCCUAAGAGUGGCGAGGCUUCCGGACAGCAAAGUGUUGGCAAAACGGAUAGAAUUUUCGAAGGAAUAAAAUCCGUGAUUAACGACGAGUUGAGGAAAGACAUCAACGCUGUGCUGGCGUUCGUCAUAUCGGGUCAGAGUUGGCUCAUCGAUGCCCACACUUCCCGACCGCUCAGAGUGGAGAAGGCCCUCUGUCUGUCGCGACUGCACUGA